GUGUGCUCAGGAGUCAGGAACGAGGCUUGGUUUUAUCCAGAUCGAGGCUUGGCUCCAGCUGUCAGAUUGAGGCUUGGCUGCUGCAAAGUGACUGGACGGUGGAGCAGACUGAGCCUGAAGCUGAACGGGGUGAUGAACCUGCUUGUUUUCCCCCCUAUCUCUGUGCAGUGACGAGCAGAGGAACUUGAAAACAGGGGAGGAUGGCGUUUGCGGUGCAGGAGAAGCACUAUGCCCCAUCGUUACUAAGUUUUUUUAUCUAUAAUCCAAAGUUUGGCCCCAGAGAAGGAGAGGAAGAAAACAAGAUUCUCUUUUACCAUCCAAAUGACGUAGAAAAGAAUGAAAAAAUAAAAAAUGUUGGUUUAUGUGAAGCUAUCGUGCAGUUUACCAGGACCUUUAACCAAUCAAAACCAGCAAAGUCAUUACACACGCAGAAGAAUAGACAGUUUUUUCAUGAAUCUGAAGAAGGAUUUUGGAUGGUUAUGGUGGUGAAAAAUCCAGUUUUAGAAAAACAAAAAGAUGGCAAGACUGUUCUAGAGUACCAAGAAGACGAGUUACUGGACAAAGUGUAUUCCUCAGUUCUCCAGCAAUGCUACAAAAUGUAUAAGCUAUUUAAUGGAACCUUUAACAAAGCAAUGGAAACUGGUGGAGUAAUACUGCUAAAAGAUAGACUGGAGAAAUUCUUUCAUCGGUAUUUACAGACAUUACACAUGCAGUCUUGUGAUCUGCUCGAUGUGUGUGGUGGCAUCAGUUUUUUUCCGUUAGAUAAGAUGACGUACCUAAAAAUCCAGUCGUUCAUUAACAGGGUGGAAGAAAGUCUCAGUCUUGUGAAGUAUACAGCAUUCCUGUACAAUGACCAGCUGAUAUGGAGUGGUCUGGAACAAGAAGACAUGAGAAUAUUGUAUAAAUACCUCACUACAUCGCUCUUCCCCAGAUGCAUAGAACCAGAGCUAGCUGGAAGAGAUUCUCCCAUACGUCCUGAGAUGCCUGGAAAUCUACAGCACUAUGGAAGGUUCCUUACUGGACCCCUGAACCUCAAUGACCCAGAAGCCAAGUUUAGAUUCCCCAAAAUCUUUGUAAAUACAGAGGAAACGUAUGAGGAACUUCACUUGAUUGUUUACAAGGCCAUGAGUGCCUCGGUGUGUUUUAUGAUCGAUGCCUCUGUGCAGCUAACACCGGAUUUCUGUAGAAAACUGGAUAGUCUUGUAGGACCUCAACUAACAGUGUUGGCUUCGGACAUCUGUGAGCAGUACAACAUCAACAGACGAAUAUCGGGGUCAGAGAAAGAACCACAGUUUAAAUUUAUUUAUUUUAACCACAUGAACCUAGCAGAAAAAAGUACAAUACAUCUCAAGAAAACUCCAAGCAUCUCACUGACUUCUGUACAGCCAGAACUAAUGAAGAUACUUGGGGACAUAAAUAGUGAUUUUACAAGAGCGGAUGAAGAUGAAGAAAUCAUAGUAAAAGCAAUGAGUGAUUACUGGGUGGUAGGGAAGAAGUCUGACCAGCGGGAACUGUACGUCAUCUUGAACCAAAAGAAUUCCAAUCUAAUUGAAGUAAAUGAUGAAAUCAAGAAACUAUGUGCCACGCAAUUCAACAACAUCUUCUUCUUGGAUUAACAUCAACCUGGAAUGUCUCUUGAGGCAACCCACGACAGCCAUUUUGUUCACGCCGCACAGAAUAUCAGUCAUAUUAUUGACUGGAAUGACUGUUGUAAGGCAAUAGUUGCCUUGUAAGAAUCUACUUUCUACUCGGAGGCUUAGUAAUCAGACCAUUUUUAGAUUUUACAUAUUUAUCUGAUCUGAUCUCUCUUUGAACAAUCCCAUUCCAUUUCUGUUACUGCAGUAUGACGGCAAACAAUAAAUCCACUAAUCAUUGUUAUACUUUUAA